AUGUUUUGUUGUAAGUUCAGAGAGUAUAAUAUGAUGCAAAUAAAAGCUUUCUUGUCUGUCAGUUCUGCUAAAUCUGCAAAAAUUAGUUAAUGUUUCAUGUAUAUAUAAAAAAUAAUCUGCUUAUAUAGCUGCUGCUGUGCACCAAUUUAUCUUUCUUCCUUUUCUCUCCAAGAGGAAAGAAGAGGAAGAAAGAUGAACUGAUGUAAAGUUCAGCCAAAAAGAACAGGCCUUUAUUACGUUAAUAUAAAGCAAUAUGGCAGCUAUCAUGUAAAACACAUGAUUGGUGAUUCCAUAUAUCAGCUGUGCAAGUCAAAGAGUGACUGCCUUUCGUACACAUUGCUUUCGAUUAAAAUUUUAUAGGUUAAAUUCUACAUUGAAUGUCACAAAAUAUUACGCUGUCCGAAGUGAAGGUACAAAAUAAAAUUCCACAGUGAGCGUCUAGCUACCAAAUAUAUUUGAAAUAUGUUCAGUGGCAUAAAAUAUUCGCUGAAAUACAGUCCAAAUAAAUUUGGUUGUCAAUUACUGGCAUGCUUCUCGACAAAAAUAACACUUAAAAGUAAUCUAACGAAGACAGAAUGCACACGAGGUACUCACCCACAUGCGUGUGGACAACCGACAUCAACAACGCAUCCGCACUUGAUAAAGCCUGGCGAGGUACUACCAGGUAUAUCACUUCAGGAACUUAACAGAAGACGUUCCAAAUUAGUAGAGUGUGUCACAUUAAUGACAAAUGCCAAGAACGUACACAAACAACAAAUAAUUGUCAUACCUGCGUCGUCCAAGGUUUACAUGUCUGACAAGAUACCAUACGUCUUUCGGCAAAAUACAGACUUUCUAUACUUCUCCGGGUGUCAGGAGCCUGAUAGUAUUUUAGUUCUUACGUGUAGAGAAGAUAAAUCGUCUUAUACUUUAUUUGUGAGAACGAGAGAUGAACAUUCAGAAUUAUGGGAUGGUCCAAGAACUGGCGUUGAAAUGGCGACAGAAAUGUUUGGCACAGAUUACAGUCUGCCAGUUACAGAAUUUGAACAAUUCUUAGCAGCACUCAUACAAGAAGACAAAGGCAGCAUUAUAUGGUAUGAUCAUACGGAUGUUGUUCAACCGAUUUUGCAUAAGAAGCUGUGUCAAUUAAUUAAAUUGACGGACAAUCAAAUAUUUGCUUCUCCCAAGAUUUUGUUUCAUCAAAUUCGCUUGAUCAAGAGCGCCUGUGAAAUCGAUUUAAUGCGGAACAGCUGCAGAAUUGCCUCUGAUGCUAUUGUAAAAACAAUCCAAUCUUCAAAACCAGGGAUGAGCGAGCAUCAGUUAUUCACUACUGUAGAUUAUGAAUGUCGUAUGCAUGGGGCGGAAUACUUGGCGUAUCCUCCUGUCGUAGCUGCGGAUAUACAAAGCGGUGAUUUAGUUUUGAUGGAUGCAGGUUGCGAGUAUCACGGAUAUUCAUCUGAUAUAACGCGGACGUGGCCAAUUAGCGGCAAAUUUACGCCGGAACAAAAAGUUCUUUAUGAAAUAGUACUCGAUGUGCAAAAAAACUUGAUAAAGAGCCUGAAGGAAAUGCCAUCGUUGGAUAAUGCAUUCCGUCAUAUGUGUUUUCUUCUGGGAGAACGGUUGCAAGAAAUUAACGUGAUACCGAAGAAUAUAGAAGAAAGUAAAUUAUUAGCAGCUGCAUAUGCGUACUGUCCACAUCAUGUCAGUCAUUAUCUUGGAAUGGAUGUGCACGACACAGGAAAAAUAUCCAGAAGCGUAAGGAUACAGCCUGGAAUGAUAAUAACAAUGGAACCUGGUGUGUACAUAAAUCCGAAGACUCCUUACGCACCGUCACACUUCCAUGGUUUAGGUAUACGUAUAGAAGACGAUAUUUUAAUAACAGAAAAUGGUCCAGAAAUCUUGACGAAAAACUGUCCAAAGGAGGUAGCGGAAAUCGAAGCUCUAACAAGUUAAAAGUCAAGAAGUCAAUUUAAUACUCAGUGUACAUAGUAAAACAAUAUGCUUCUAUUUUUUAUUUACAUGUAUAUAAAAAAAGUAUAAGUAUAUGCGUGUAAAUACGCAGACAAUUGCAUUAAUUGUAUAUGAAAAUAAGGGAGUCUUCGCUUUCAUAUAUAAUCUAGAUAUAUUUUUUAUACGUAUAUAAAAUGAUUGGCUUUUUUAUAUUCUUCCAAAUCCGACUUUCACUUGCUGUAACGUAUUUAUUUCGUAGAUGAAUAUGUCGAAGAAUAGCUUUGUAUAACAUGUUUAUAUACACAUAUAUGUGCCUGUGUAUUAUAAAGUUAUAUAUUGUUUUAUU